AUGAUGAUAAUGGUGGCUGACGGUAUAGAACAUGGAGCUAAACUGGCAGUAGAAACAGGCAUAUUCGGCAAAACCUACACAUAUAAAAAAGACGGUGACGCCAAAGAAGCCACUGACAACAAGGAGCUAAAACGCAAUACCGUUGUCUAUCCUUCCAUAGCUGUCCAGUGGCUUAAUUUCAUAACCUACUUGAUACUUCUUAUAGUCUAUGUACCUGGAGACAAAGGUCAUCUAACAGCCUUUUACUUUGUGAUUGCUGUUUCUGGAUUUGUGUUUGGUCUCAGUAAUGUGUUGACGUUUGCUAUUGAUGAUAAUUAUUUACCCAUCUACAUAGCUGGAGAAAAUUGUUUUCCAGCUACCACUUCUCUGAUCCACUACCUGUCAACCCUAAUGUUUGGUAACAGAAGGAAGUGGAACAGUGACUUCCUGAUGGUCUACAUAGACCUUGUGGUAGCCAUUUUGCUGUCACUUCUGUCAGCUGUACUGUGGACCUUAGGAUAUGUGUCAAAGCAUCCAACAGAAGAAGAUGCUCUCAAACCAAAGGCCACUGAAGUAGUAACCAAGAUCAUAGAAGGUCUCAAUGGUAAGAUCAAUAGCUCCGCUGAAGUGGUAGAAGCUAUCGUAAAACACCUAGAAUCCAAAAUAGAAGAGGCCGGCACAAAAAUUGAAGCCAUCCAAGAAGUCAAACUGGCCAUCGAUCAGGCCAUCCAAAGUGCCAUCCAAAGUGCCCAAGCUAGAAGUGGUACCGCCACAGUCAAAGCUGUAGUUCAGUCAGUCCUCGAAGCCCUCAAAGCCCAAGCCACCCAAAUCACUGAAGCGCUCACACCUCUAGACAUCACAAAUGCAGAUAAAGAUAUCUCCGAUGCUAUCUCAACCACUCUCCCUAAACUCACUAACCUUAACCAAACGUAUGAUCCCAAAAAACAUGAUGCCACUACUAUCCUCAAAGAAGCCCUUGCUGUUGUUGCCAAAGUCAAGGAUGAACAUCUCGACACUCCCAUCAAUGAAGUUCUCAAUAAGGUCAAUCUCCAAGGCCAAGCCGGUCAAGUCAAAAAUAAACUCCAACAAGGUCCUAAUCUGGGUAUCACAGCUGAUACAACUUCAAUCUCUCAAGCCCUCCAUAACCUCCAAGAAAAUGGAAAACCCAAACCUGAGGCCAUCGCCGCAGUCAAACAAGCCCUCGAAGCCACUAAUAUUACAGACACUGAUCUCGAUACACCAAUCGGUACUGUCCUCACCACUAAGAAUGGUCUCCAAGGUAAAAUCCAAGCAGUCAAAACUAAUCUCAAAUCUGGUGGCGGUGGCCAAACCAAUAUCAAUAUCGGUGCCGACACAAUCACUCUAGCCCUCGGAAAACUCCAACAAGAAGGACAACCCAAUGCUACUGCCAUCGCUGACGUACAAUCCGCACUCUCUCAAGGCACUGAAAAGGACCCAUACAUCCAGCUAUGGCACAUUAAUCCUCCAGGUGGCUACCAAGGCGAAAUUGUUGAUCCUAAAACCUUUAUGCCAUUCCUCAUGGUCCUUGUCGGAAUGGGACUGGUCUACUGCAUAUAUCCAGCCAUAGCUCCGGGAAUGAUUGUUCCAUUUUACCUCGUGGAUAAGAUUGAGAUGGUACUGUUGAUAGCUACCAUAUUUCCACCUCUCAUUGUAGCCAUAGUUACCAAAUACAAGUUUGGCUGGUCACCUAAGGCAGCAUGGACAGACAACUCUAAAGAUUUUUUUCCUGGUUCUCCAUGUAACUAUAUGUGGCAUUUCUUUGACCUAGUGAUUCCUACCAUGAUCAUUUUAGCCUAUUUAUUUAUUUACUCACUGCAUUACAGAGACUCAUCAGUUGCCAGAUCAAUCAUCAACCAACCCAAAAUGUCUACAUGUCUAACCAUUCUAUUCUAUAUGUGUCAUGAGAUUUCAUUGGCUGUAGGAUUUCCAGGUAUCUUUGGUGGUAAUGGAGGUGGUAGCAUAUUGGCCCUUACGGCUCAGCUGAUGGGAGCAUUUCUGAUGUGUCUGUUAGCUCCAUAUUCUGAAGGUUACAUUAUUGAGUAUAAGAGACAUGAUCCUAGCAAUUGGCCUACAGCAGGAAUGACUAGGUGGAAUGCCCUUAGGUACUGGACCAAAAUGGCCUCCAAGAACUGCAAUAAGAACCUAGCAGCAUUGUUCACCAAAGACCUGAGAAGAGACCUGUUACUCUGCAUAGAAAGAAAUGAGCUAAUCUAA